AUGCUGAAACCAAUUGGGCCUUUCAAUGAAGUAGUUCGCGGAAGAUCCAUCCAGGAACUACCAAAAUUGAUCUUGGGCGGUGCCACGCUGAACACCCAAUAUAACACUGAUCCUGCUUCGUUGCCAAUCGUAGAAAUGCUUCGCAUGGCCUUCCAGCUUGGAAUUAGAGCCAUAGAUACAUCACCGUAUUACGGGAGUAGCGAAUCACUUUAUGGCAAGGCAUUGGAAGCACUCAAACAGGAAUUUUCCAGAGAGACAUACUUCAUUUGUACUAAAGUUGGAAGAAUCAGACUUGAUGAAUUUGACUACUCGAGAGCCAGUAUUAGGUCCAGCGUAAUGAGGUCAUGCGAAAGACUAAGAACGGAUUACCUGGAUGUGGUGUUUCUACACGAUGUGGAGUUUGUAGAAACAGUUCAGGUAAUAGAAGCGCUCAAAGAACUGCGCAGGUUGAAGGACGAGGGUGUGAUUUUGAAUUUCGGUAUUAGCGGAUACCCUGUUGAUUUUUUGUUUUCCAUCGCGUUGAAGAGUUUAGAUGACGAGGACAUUGGCCCUCUUGAUGUCGUCUUAUCGUAUGCUAAUCUCAACUUACAGAACGUAACGCUACGCGAUUAUGCUUUACGAUUCAAACAGCAGGCACGGGUGAAGGUUGUAGAGAAUGGGUCAAUUUUGAGUAUGUCAUUGCUCCGCGCCCAAGAAACUAAGGCUUUCCACCCUUGUUCUGCGGAUCUGCGAGAACUAGCGGCCCAAGCAGCCAAAUACGCGACACGCAAUGGCCAGGAUUUGGCCAGUUUAGCCACGCGGUACGCAUAUAGUGAAUGGCUGCAAACGGGGCCUACUGUUUUAGGUGUGAGCAGUGUCCAAGAGCUGGAAAUCGCUCUAAAAAGUUAUUGGGAUGUCGUGGAUCGCAAUGGGGCGCUAGCCCCACCGGAUAUUCUGCUUGUGGACCAUAUCCAAAAGAACAUUUUCGGAAAGCACAUGAAUGAAACAUGGGAAUCUGGUAUUCCUCAUUGA